AUGUCGAGCUUAGCGACCACAGACCCCGCCGAAACAUCGUCGAUUACCUCGAGCGCCGCCUCAGCCGUGUCAUCAAUCGCACAGUCCGGCCAACCAGUAGCACUCACAACCAUCUUCACUGCUCCAGCAUACUGCGAGAGCAUCUCCUUUACCGCAGUGCCAACCGGAACUUUCACUCCUCUCAUACGGAGCUACGCCACGUUCAACAGUUAUUACGCAAGUUGCUUUCCUUCCGGCGCGAAAAUCUACGGCAGCGCCACAUGGAGUCCCGGUAUUUGUCCAGAUGGUUAUACAAGUGGUUGGACAACGACUCUGAGCAGCUCCAUAACACAAGUACAAUGCUGUCCGAGUGAGUUUCACGCCCCAGGGGAUGGAGAUGACGCCGUGCCCGGCUGGGAAAGGAUGUGCUCAAGUAUCUACACCACCUCGACCAUGGUACUUCUCUACUACCCUGGGAGCGCGACUCAGCUAGUCAAUCCAGGCACUGUAAUGAUGGAGCAUGUUCUUGUCGAAUACGAACAAAGUGACCUGUCUCUUUUCCCUUCUGGUUAUACACCUGGGCGGGUCGUGACAAGCGACACUACGAGUGAAGUAAUUGCUUCUCCCACCGCGAGCAACCCUUCCUCUGCCAAUACAACAACUACAAGUAGUGGCCUCAGCACAGGGGCAAAGGCUGGGAUCGGUGGGGCUGUAGGCGUGGCUGUUAUUCUUGUUCUUGCCCUUCUCUGGUUGUUUUUCCGGAAAAAGUGGAGGCAAAGGCAAAAGAUUCCCAUGAAACAGGAGAUUGAAUACACUGGCAAACCCGAACUGGACGCAACUAGCACAAGGAAACCAAGUCAAGGAGUGGUCGAGCUGCCCAGUCCUACUGACCUGAGGAAAGAGCAAGGUGGAAAUCGGUCCGCACCUGCCGAACACUUUGAGCUUCCAGGGUCAAACUAUCCAACAAGCACAAAGGAAUUGGAUAGUGUUCAUCUCUAUGAAGUUUCCGGCUCCUCUAGGAGAGAGCCAACGAACUCAAGUCUGCAAACGAGCAGCCGAGCAGAUUCAGCUAUGGCAGACUCAUCCCGGCCACCUGAUACUUCGGCGGUACCGCCGCGACUGGUAGAUAUGGGGGCAGAAUGGAGAGCAUCUCCCCCUACUGCCAGUACGGUGCAGCCACCUGUGCACGGUAACUUAGGAACUGCCACGACGAUUGAAGAUCUUGAGUUACAAUAUCUUGAGAACGAGGAGAGGCGGAUCCAGGAGCGCAAAUUGCAACUCCUUCGAACACGAGAGUCAUACUGA